GAGUACUUGCAGACUUAUCAUCUUCUUCUGCACAAUAGUGUAAAACCCUCCAUAGAUCUCCCUGUAUCUCUUUGUCUCUCUAUAAAGUAGAAACCAUAUCUGCAAAUUGUGUUAGAUACGUAGAGAAAAAAAAUGCAAAUGGCAGCUCCCUUUUUCUCACCGCCGCCACUCUGCAACUCCCAGUUGCGGUCGGAAACAAACAGACCCAACUGGUUGAUUUCACCCACACCUUUCAAAACCUCCACUUUAUCCACUAGAAGAUUGGUCUGUAAACCCCCUUCUGGAAAACAUGUCAGAGAAGACUACCUUGUGAAAAAGUUAUCUGCGACAGAGAUCCAAGAGCUAGUUAAGGGAGAAAGAAAUGUGCCACUCAUAAUUGAUUUUUAUGCAACUUGGUGUGGGCCUUGUAUCUUGAUGGCUCAAGAACUUGAAAUGUUGGCUGUUGAAUAUGAAAGCAAUGCCUUGAUUGUGAAGGUUGACACAGACGACGAAUAUGAAUUUGCACAAGAUAUGCAGGUACGGGGUUUGCCAACAGUGUAUUUUAUUAGUCCAGAUCCAAAUAAAGAUGCAAUCAGAGCUGAAGGGCUCAUUCCAAUACAAAUGAUGAGGGAUAUCAUUGACAAUGACAUGUAGAUGACAAUGGCAGCUUGCGGACUCAUCGCCCAACUAUAGUAUAAGUUCUUGGAAUGUGAACUUGCUUAUGUUAAGGUAUAUGAAAUUUUAUUAAUUAGGCUAGCGGUGUUGUUACUGCUGUAUUAGGUUUAGUUGUGGUAUUAGGAGACUGUGUAGUAUGGUAGGAUCUUUUUUCUUCUCAUCGGAGUUGUUUCACAUUUACAAUCGAAAUCAGCUAGCCCGGAGUUUACUCUUGGAACACAUAUGAAGUUGUACCUCUUUAUAUUUAUAACUGUUGCUUGGA